UCGAUAUUUGAUUGUAUGCAAAAUUGUUUUUUUUUCGUUGUGGAGUAUAGUUUUAGAAACACUCGAGAUAAUAUCAAAAGGAUCAAGAUUAAAAGAUUUACUAUAAAAGUUGUAUUAUUUCAUUACAUCGAUAAGUUAUAUUCUGUUGUUCUUAGUCAAAGAAAAAUCAGAAUGAAGCUGUUCAUCCUUGCUGCCCUCAUUGUGGCCACAAGUGCCAACCUAGGCGCCUUUGAAAAAUGGACCAGUUUUAAGGCAACACAUAACAAAUCCUACUCCCUUGUUGAAGACAAACUUCGUUUCGCAGUUUUCCAAGAAAACUUGAAGAAAAUCGAAGAACAUAAUGCCAAAUACGAGAACGGAGAAGAAACCUACUAUCUUGCCGUCAAUCAAUUUGCCGAUUGGUCCAGUGCUGAAUUUAAAGCUUUGUUGAAUUCUCAAAUUAUCAACAGACCAGAACUAUCCUUUAUCGAAACAUACGAAGCAGAUCCCAAUGUUGAACUUGCAAGUUCUGUUGACUGGAGAAACAAAGCUGUUUUGGGAGUCAAAAAUCAAGGAAGUUGUGGAUCUUGCUGGGCUUUCAGUGCCACAGGUGCUCUCGAAGGUCAACUUGCCAUUCACAAAAAUCAAAAGGUCCCACUAAGUGAACAAGAAUUGGUAGACUGUGACUCAUCAAACUCUGGUUGCAAUGGCGGUUUAAUGACAAAUGCCUUUGCAUAUGUUAAGAGCCACGGACUUGCAUCAGAAAAGCAAUAUGCUUACACCGGCAGAGAUGGUAGCUGCAAAAGAGGAUCAAGAACACUUUCUACUAUCAGUGGAUAUGUAAAUCUUGCCAAAACUGAAGCUGCACUGGCUAGUGCUCUUUCUAGCGUAGGUCCAGUAUCCAUAGCUGUAGAUGCAGAUACAUGGCAGCUUUAUGGAGGUGGAAUUUUCAACAAUAAAAAUUGUGGAACUAGCCUUAAUCACGGAGUUCUUGCUGUGGGAUACACUAAUGACGUCUUCAUCGUUAAAAACUCAUGGGGAACCAGCUGGGGUGAACUUGGUUACAUCAGAAUUAGUCGCGGUCACAACUUAUGCGGUCUUAACCAAAUGAACAGUUAUCCCAAAUUGUAAAUGAGAAUAAAUAAAUAAUAUACAUUAUAAAUAUGUAAGUUUGCAUAAAGAAAUAAAUAAAUAAAAAUUA